AACCAAGGCUGACGGAUAUUACGCGUCAUUAGUGUUGGCAAUCUACGAACACUAGUAGGAAGAGUGGGGCGUUGUACUUGUACGGGUACGGUACUAGAGUACCGUACAGCGCUCGAGUACCGGCACUCGUAAAAGAAGAGGGGCUCCCUCAUUUUCAUUUUUUCCUUUCCGCAGACUAGGCUGUCUUACCGUUAUUCCUUUUCCGAGAGAGAGGCACACUCAACUCCCAUCGCACCUACACCACCAGCACCGCUGCAAGAGUAUUUGAACACCGAGGGUGCACUCUGAAGGAAGGAAAGAAGGAAAGGGAUUGUUUCCCCUUCGUGCAGAUCUCCGAAAGAUAAUGUCGGAAGGAGUGAUGGAUAAUAUCGAGAGGGGUUUUUCGAGGCUGGUUAGGAGGGAUUAUUAGUGAGUUUGGCCCCCUUACCUGGUUCCUAGGAUCGCCAUCGUGAGGGUGUAGAGGGGCUCGUCGUUGACCCCGUGUCGUUUUCUUUCACAGCGACCGAUGCUAUUAUACCGGUGAAUGCUACUCUAGCUGGGAUACCUGGGGACGAUGGGUAGCUUUAGCGGUUAUCAUUUUAUUCUUCUUCCUGGUCGUCGGUUGCUGCGGGUACUUCCCCGUCUCUUUCCUCGUCUACUGCCUUAGUCCAUCUCCCACCACUAACCCGGAUCAUAGAUUGAUAACUUCCCGCCGCCGUCGUCGGGCGGGCCUGCAACCAGUCUAUGGCACCGCUUGGAUGGCCCCACCAAAAUACUCCCCGCACGACGUCCACCACUUCCAGACCUACCCACCACAGCACUACCCCCCUCAACACCAGGGCCCUUACACGCAAUACUACGCACCCACAACCCCUGCGCCCGCAUACUCCCCCGGCCAGCAAGGCCAAAACUCCGGCACUCCGGGGCUCUCUGGUGGGAAUUAUCAUGCUGCUGGUGCGGAGGAUACUCGGGGACAGCAAGGACAGUAUCACCCACCGACAGCGGCCCCACUGAGAAGUCCUGAGCCAGUCCCGCACUCGCCUGUGACUGGACAUCAAACUGGGGAAACGUUGGCGCAUUCUACGGGCAGCAAUAAUCCGUAUCAUUCCCCUCCGAGCGGGAUGCCGCAGGCACAUGUUGGUGGGAAGGUGUAGAGAUUAUCCACCAAAUACGGAGCUUUUCUAGGGAGCUUUUUUUUGGUUGCUUUUUAUCUUUUUCAUUUCCGAUCUUUUUUUUCUUCAUUAUCCUUUUCCUUUGUUUGGGCUGGGUUGGGCAGGUAGAUCGGCUUACCUGGUGGACUUGCUGCUUGUUUUUCUUCCCUUCCUUCCCCCACCUCCAUUUCUUGACCGGUUGAAUCAUGGCGAUUUGCCACAGCAAACUAACGAGGUGUUUUUUUGUUUUUUUCACCAAGCAAACACUCGUUCGCCCACUAAUGCAUCCAUAUUCACGACAGAAUGCGGGCUUGGUUGUUCUGUCCUCCAACCAAUAUGCAUACACGGGACUCUGGUACCAGUUAUAUUGUGGUAUGAAGA